AAAAAUAUCAACAUUUAAUGAACUAUAUAUUUUUCUUUUAUUUCGAUGUUCUGAUAUUUUUAAAUUGUACGUGUGGCAAUACAGAGUAAAUUGAGAUGGCAACGAAGUAAUGUUUUGACCAGAAAUGUCAUUUGCAUGUUUUGUUAAAUUCAUUUAACCAUCUUUUUCGUAUUGUUCAUGUAAAUUGUUUUGUAGGUAACAAGUCAUUGGACUCUCCUGGCUGUUCAAGUGCAAUUUUAAGAUGUCCCUAACAAUCCAGCAAAUAAUAACUGAUGCAAAAAGGCUGGCAAGUCGUUUAAAAGAAAGAGAUGUCGUGGCUGACAGUCUGUUGAAUGAGACCCAUGCAAUAAACAAGAAAAUAGAUGCAAUGAAACAGUUUCAGGAGGAGGUCGAAAUAUUAAAUGAAGUUGCCAACCAAAAACCACAUUCCCAAUUACUGGCCAACAUCCAAAAAGAGAACAGACACCUGAGGGAAAUUCAACAAGAGAAUCGUGAGCUGAAAGCUGCUUUGGAAGAUUACCAAACCACUUUAGAACAUAUAAUGUCCAAAUAUAGAGAACACACCAAUGAACACAUAUAUAAUUCCAGGAUUAAUUUCAAAGCAUUGCAAAAUCAUAAGUACAAUUUAAUAAUAGAAAAACAGGCUGAGCAAAUAAAUGAAAUGGCUGCAAUUAUGCAUAAGGCUGUUAGGCUUGAUGAUAAUAAGGGAACCCAAGAACAAGAAAUGAUUGCUUUACUUAAAGCUGAGAAUCAGGGAUUAAGAGAGAUGCUGUUAAUCUCCAAGAAGUAUGGGUCUUUUAAUAAAGAAGAUAAGGAUGUGCAAACUGAAAAAAGUUAACUUCCAAAAUUUUACAGCAUGUAUAGUCAAAUUAAAUAUUAAAUCCACUCUUUUAAAGA